AUGACCACACGGAGCGAACGGGCCAAGGCCAAGCAGAACAAUGAACACUCGGCCAUCUUGAUGGGCUUGCUGCAACGCCCGGCAAACAAGAUUUGCGCCGAUUGUCAUGCCAAGGGUCCACGCUGGGCGUCAUGGAAUCUGGGCGUUUGGAUCUGCAUCCGCUGCUCUGGCAUCCAUCGCAGCCUCGGCGUGCACAUCUCCAAAGUCCGCUCCGUCAAUCUAGACACCUGGGCACCUGAUUGGGUCAAGUCGAUGCAAGCUGGUGGAAACGAUGUGGCCGCCCAGAUCUGGGAGUAUCAUCUGCCCAAGGGCUUUCGCCGUCCGGCCGAUAACAAUGCUGCGAUGGAGCAGUUCAUUCGGGACAAGUAU